AUGCAGUCACUCGCUCGGCCUCUGUGCCGGCAGCUCGUCCGCCAACGUCGACUACUCGCGAGGGACUCCAGAGCACUCACACUCUCGCGGCCAUGCGCUGCCGCCCCCAGAGCGCUGCGGCUCUACUCGACCUCUCAUCGGCACGAUGACAGCUCUGCUCGCUCCGCUGUUAUCAAUGUGCUCAAUAACAUCGCCUCCAAGCGAGAGGUGCAGCAGUACCUUGCUCAGUUUACGUCGGUGUCGUCUCAGCAGUUCGCCGUCAUAAAGGUAUGUUUGUGGUAGACCUCGCAGUCAUGAAGGAAUUGGGCGGAUCGAAUUACGCUCAGCCCCAAAAGACAAUGUGCUAAUCGAGUCAUCAGGUUGGCGGCGCAAUUCUGACCGAUUAUAUCGACGUAUUAUGCUCCUCCCUCCGGAACCUGAACCAGAUGGGCCUGUACCCAGUCAUUAUCCACGGUGCUGGACCUCAACUGAACAAGCUGCUCGAAGAAGCUGGCGUACAGCCGCAGUAUAACGAGGGAAUUCGUAUCACAGAUGGCAAGACGUUGGGUGUUGCGCGCAAGCUCUUCCUCCAAGAGAACUUGAAGCUGGUGGAAGCACUGGAAUCGUGGGGUGUAAGAGCACGUCCGAUAACUUCUGGUGUCCUGAUGGCAGAGUACAAAGACAAAGAGACCUACCAGUUCGUGGGCGAGGUCAACCAAGUAAACACCCAGAGCAUCAACGCUGCGAUCGCUGAUGGCUAUAUUCCGAUCUUAACCUGCAUGGCAGAGAGCGAGGACGGACAGGUUCUCAACGUCAAUGCUGAUAAGGCAGCUGCUGAGUUGGCCAAGGAGCUUGUUCCUCUCAAGAUCGUUUAUCUUUCAGAGAAGGGAGGUCUUUACGACAAGGAAACCGGUAAACUCAUCGAUGCGAUCAACUUGGACGAAGAGUAUGACGAAUACAUGAACAAGCCUUGGGUGAUCCAUGGCACACGCAGCAAGAUUCGGGAUAUCAAGACUCUCCUGGACAACCUUCCUCGCACUUCCUCCGUGGCCAUUAUCCACCCCGAGAGCAUGGAACGUGAGCUUUUCACACACUCUGGAGCCGGAACUUUGAUUCGAAGAGGCACUAAGCUGCAGCAGGCCUCGUCUCUGAAAGAAUUUGAGGAUGUGAACAAACUCAAGCAGACACUUCUCCGUGACCGCGAGGGACUGGACGCUGCCAAUGUUGUUGACCGGUAUCUCGAAAUCUUGGAGUCGCGACCAUUCAGAGCGUAUUACGACGAGAACAUGGAAGCCCUCGCUAUUGUCUUGCCACCAGAGGACAACUCCUCCAACGCGCUUGGUCAUCUUGCUACUCUUACUAUGACACGGAACGCUUGGCUAUCGAACAUUGCGGAUAACGUUUUCCAAAACCUGAAGCGCGACUUUCCACGACUCGCCUGGACCGUGAAGCAGGACGACGAGAACCUGACUUGGUUCAGCGAGAAAGCCGACGGAUCCAUUGCUAGGCGCGGUGAGGUCCUCUUCUGGUACGGCCUCGAGACCCCAGAGGAGGUUCGCGAACUUAUGGCCGAGUUCAUCCAGCACGGCCGACAAAUGUUCGGUGAUAUCAAUCUCGAAUCGCAGCUCCAUCGAGCAGCUGUGGCCGCGGAGCGUAUCCGCAACCGCGCGGCAGAUUUGGCGAAGGGCAGGCAAUCGCAAGCACGAGCCUUUAGUACCAGCACACGACCUGCAAAGCGUCCUCGUUCUGGGGAGCUUCAGCAGAUCAGGGCUUAUAGUACGAAUCCGAACCCGCCUCUUGGCAUCAAGAACAAAGAGAAGGACUACCCAUCCAAGGUUGCACUCAUCGGCGCCCGUGGAUACACUGGUCGAGCACUCAUUGAUCUCCUCAACCGACAUCCUAACAUGGACCUCUGCCAUGUUUCUUCACGGGAGUUGAAGGGUCAGGCUCUCAAAGGUUACGAGAAAAAGAAGAUUAUCUACGAGAGCCUAACUCCAGACGACGUGCGGAGGAUGGCCGAGAAAAAGGAAAUUGAUUGCUGGGUAAUGGCGCUUCCAAACGGAGUUUGCAAGCCAUACGUAGACGCCAUUGAUGAGUCUGGCCACAAGGAAGCAGUCGUUGUGGAUCUAUCGGCCGACUAUCGAUUCAACUCGGAUUGGACUUACGGCUUGCCAGAGCUUGUUCGCAGGAACAAAAUCGCCACAGCAACUCGCAUCAGUAACCCAGGAUGCUAUGCUACUGCGGCUCAGCUUGGUAUUGCUCCACUUGUUCCACAUCUCGCACCCUUCCCAGCUCAGCCAACUGUCUUCGGCGUUUCGGGGUACUCAGGUGCGGGUACGAAGCCAUCACCAAAGAACGACGUUAAAGUGCUCACGGACAACCUGAUUGCCUAUUCGCUUACGGACCACAUCCACGAGAGAGAGAUCUCGAACCAGCUGGGCACCGAGGUUGCUUUCAUCCCUCACGUUGCGGUCUGGUUCCAGGGCAUUCAUCACACGAUUUCCCUGCCUCUUGCGGAGCAAAUGGCAGCCCGAGACGUUCGUCAGAUCUACCAGGACCGCUUCGAUAAGGAGAAAUUGGUCAAGAUCGUCGGCGAAUCGCCGCAGGUGAAGAACAUCUCUGGCAAGCAUGGUGUCGAGAUCGGCGGCUUUGCAAUUCACUCUAGUGGCAAGCGGGCCGUGAUCAAUGUCACCAUCGACAACCUGCUCAAGGGCGCGGCAACUCAAUGCUUGCAAAACAUGAACCUAGCAUUGGGUUACAGUGAGUACGAGGGCAUGCCGUUGGAUUGA